AUGUGCCUGGAACCGAGCAACGGCGGCAUCGCCGGCCAGAACGGCAUUGCUGGAUUCCCUUCCCGUCUCGAGGAGCCGAAUUUGAUGAUCAUUCCAGAGAUUCUACUGGUGGGUGACCAGGAAUCUGACACUUGCCAGCCGUACCACCGAGCCAACGAUUUCCCCCGUUUAUGCUGCAUUCACAAGCACGGCAAGUCCGAUGUUCACCAAUGCAAAAGCUUCCAGGGCCUGGCCUCGACGAGAAACACCGGCCUCGCUGGUCGUCGCCGUCGUUUCAGUUGUCGUUAUCGCCGUCGUCGCGCCGCUCGCCGUCGGGGUGGGCGCCGUGGCGUCGACCUGGGUUUGUGCAUGUGCGCCCUGCACCUCGAGAUAGCAGCUGGCAUGGGCCGAGACCCUCUUGAACCACUCAUGCUCGAUCAUGGGAAUCCUGCUGCUCCAAGCAACGGGGCAGCUGGUAGACAAGAUGGCGACGGUCUCGCUGUUGGCCGUCCAGAAUGA